AUGCCAAGACGUUCAUCAAAAGAAUCAGACUCGAAAGCGGGUAUUUUCAAUGUUGGUGAUUCAUUCACCACAGAUGAUUCGGCUGCAGCAGAUGAAGGAUCGUGGGAGCAGCAAAUGGACAAGGGAAAUAUGACACAGGAUAUAAAGUCUGGUGGCUACAGCAGAGACAAUGCGGGUGGAACUGAAGAUGACGACGUUUCUCGCGACUUUGACGAUGAUAUGGGGCAUGUUUCCCAUCGUGAACCCAGGACGUAUCAACAUCAUUCGAGUUUGUUUGACUCUUUGCCCCACUUGAGCUGGGGCAGAAAAGGUGGUAGCGAUGCUACAACUAAACCGCUUGAUGAUCAAAUUAGUGACAAGAAGAGCACCAAUACCGGUGAUGAUGGCUCUGGAGGUGGUGUUAGUGGUGCAGCUGGUGGAGGGAAUGUUAGUGCUGGCGGCAGUACUGGAAGCGCUGGCGGUAUAGCUGGUUUAGGUUUGCAAAGUAGAAGAGGAAGGGAUGCGAGAAAGAGCAGUAUUGUUGAUGACGAUGACGAAGACCAUAUUGAUGACUUUGUCAAUUUGUUGGGGUAG